AUGGCCAGGCCAAAGAGACCAGAUGAUGGCAUUGAACAGUUCUUCUCUUCCAGUGAAUUUCAAGAAAUGUCAGACUAUGAAAAGCUGAGGCUGAGAAAUAUGAAAGCCAAUUAUGAGAUGAUGGUUGAAAUUGGUUUGACAGUACCCAAACCGGAGUUUAUGAAUGGUCCAUUUCGUAAGAGAAAACCUAAGUUUGUAGAGAGUGACAGUGAUGAUGAAGAGUGGAAACCUGGAUCUUCUGCAGAUAAAACAAACAGAAAAACAGUUUAUAAGAGAAAAAAGACAUUCACAGUUCCACUUAAAGGUACCCAACAACAUUCUACUUCAGUGAACAUGCUGGCAAAGACUUCCGAAUCCAUUUGCACCUCAUCACCAGAGCAGGAGGCAAAGCAACGAGAAGGUGAAGACAAUUUUGAUUUCCUUGGCCGUGUCACAAUCAGUGAUUCUGGAAAGCUCAUUCCAUGCGAAACUCAAACUCCGGAAUCUCCAAAAAGACAACCAGCUAAAAGGAAAAGAGCUAUCACUUCACAGAGGCAAGAAGAGCGGUAUCCACAUCGUGCAGCAGCCAAGAAAUGCUACAAGGACUUGGAUGGACCAAACGAUGACAGUUUUGUGUAUUGUGAAGACUGCCAUGAGCUCUAUGAGAAUAGCUGUCCUCAACACCCUCUGACUGUCAUCGAAAACACCCCAGUCUCUAAGGGAUGCAGAGAUCAUGCUAAGCGAAGCCUUCCAGAUGGACUCAUUGUCAAGGAAGCUGGUAUCAAGAAUGCUGGCUUAGGUGUUUGGGCUGAGAAGGCUUUCCCUAAAGGAGUGAGGUUUGGACAUUAUGGAGGUGAAAUUGUUGGGGAAGAGGAAGGCAGAGAAAGUGGCUAUGCUUGGGAGAUCUUUGAUCACAACGGUAAAAGCCAUUACAUUGACGGCAAGAACCCCAGCAAAGGAAAUUGGAUGCGGUAUGUCAACUGUGCAUGCAAUGAGGCAGAACAGAACCUGGUUGCCUACCAGUACUGUGGUCAGAUCUACUAUAGAAGUUUUAAGACGAUCUCACCAGGCCAGGAGCUUCUAGUUUUCUAUGGUGAAGAAUACGCCUCUGAGCUUGGGAUUGUGAUGACAGACAAUGAUGACAAACAUUUUGCCAAAAGUGUUGAGAAGGACUGCAGAUACGAACGGUCUGAAUGGAUGUUUCCGAUGCUGAGGGCAACACGUUAA